UGCGGUUUAAGCCCGUACGUGGCAGUCACAGAGCGGCGCAGCAGUGGCUGUAGCGGCUGUUCUCUGAUACAACAGUUCGCACGUAAAACCCGACUCCUACACUCACGCAGGAUUUACUGAAGCGACGUUACUUUAGAUCAGUCGAAAUCACAGUGACGUUCACCUUAUACAAUUUGCACCAUGUUUACCGUGUCGGAGCUCGUUGUCUUGCUUGCCGUCCUGUCUGCUACUGCGUCCGGUUACUUCGUUAGCAUAGACGCCCAUGCUGAGGAAUGCUUCUACGAGCAAGUGAACUCCGGCACCAAGAUGGGCCUUAUGUUUGAAGUAGCUGAAGGCGGCUUCCUGGAUAUUGAUGUAGAGAUAACAGGGCCUGAUGGCAAGCAGAUUUAUAAAGGGGACAGAGAGUCCAGUGGUAAGUAUUCAGUGGCAGCUCAUAUGGAUGGGACCUAUAAAUUCUGCUUCAGUAACAAGAUGUCAACCAUGACACCCAAGAUUGUCAUGUUCACUAUCGAUAUUGGAGAGGCACCUAAAGGCCAGGACAUGGAGACAGAAGCCCACCAAAACAAACUGGAGGAGAUGAUCAAUGAGCUGGCAGUUGCAAUGACUGCUGUAAAGCAUGAGCAGGAGUACAUGGAAGUCCGCGAGAGGAUACACAGAGCAAUCAAUGACAACACAAACAGCAGAGUUGUGCUUUGGUCAUUUUUCGAGGCUCUGGUCCUGGUAGCGAUGACACUUGGACAGAUUUACUACCUGAAGAGAUUUUUCGAAGUACGCCGAGUGGUGUAGUGUAAUAAAGUGAUCCCUCCAUGUCCUUCACUAUUUUACGAAGACAAUUAUUUACACUCUGGAAAUGAGACUGGCAGUUUAAAUCAAGACUACAUAUAAUUGGAUCCUAGAUAUUUUCCUUGUCCUGUUACCACAUUUAUUUCCAUCUGUAAGUAAUACUUGUAUGUUUGGAAUGAAUGGCCCAAAAGUUUUUAGGUUUUUUUUUUUAGGUUUGUCAGAGUUUUUUGUCAAUUUUUUGUUUAAAAAUACACUUUAAUACCAAUCAGAUGCUAGUAAAGUUUAGGCGGUAUGAUGUAAUUUGUGGCUAAUGGUUUUGCAGUCAAUUUUGGAAAAAAGGCUUACAAAUUUGCAAAGUGGUAUGUGAGUGAUUUGCCACAGGAUAACCCUAAUUUGGAUUCAAAUUUGAAGGUUGGCAGGUGUCUAAAAAUUAACAAACAUGAAACCAGUAUCAGUGUCUGAAAUGCAGCUGGCCAGAGUCUAAACCAGGCUGAAUAAUGUCCUAUUCAUUGUAUUUAUGAUCUAAAAAAAGUUGCACUUGUAAUAAACGUGUUCAAAGAACCUGAAUUUAUAUUUCUGUACACAGCAUUUUGCUCUGUGGGUUCAUGAUGACCUGGGCCACAGGAAGCUUUAGUGGAUGUGAUUUGCAGAUAAUUAACUUACCUUUGUAGUUCGGGGUCAGAGGCUGCAGGCAAGAUUUGGGCCUGAAAUGGCAGAGGAUAGUUGUUUCUUCAAAUAUAACAUCAAUUUGGCAUAAACUAAAAAGAGAGAUGCAGGGUGAAUUUAAAUUUAACUUCUUGAGCUACAAUUUGAAAUGUAGAAAAAUACUGAAACACUUGUUACAUGUUGAUUAAGGCUGGCUGGGUGGGCUGGGGGUUUGAGCCGUUAUUGACUGCCGUGUGCUUUUGUUGCUUUUAUUGGAGUGUGCUAGGGUCCGGGAUUUUAAAUUAUAUGAUUGUAUACAAUUUUGAAUAUUCUUCUGGAGUCUAUGUAGUAACAUGCAACAGUUUCGAUUGCAUUUAUUUGUAUCUUGUGUUUGAUACAUUUUACACCGAGCACACUGGGAUAGAGGAGACUCUGUUGUAUGUUAUUGGAUAUGCUCCAGUUUUGUAUUAGUAAAAACAUACUGCGUGAGCUCAGGCUGGACACGUUUCUUUUGUUACUUCAAUAAAAUCUGAUUAAUGGAUCUGUACAAAUGAAGAAUGUUUGCCUGAAAAAUGCCACAGGUUUCAUAAUAAAGCCAAUAUUCUGUACAACCA